AUGCUAACAGCACCAAGUCCUGUAGGCCACAAGUGCAACCUGCUGCUAUCGCUUCUUAAGGUGGAGCUCAUUGUGAAUCCAUCUGAUGAGGUGAUCCCUCGUCUGCGUUCUGACUACAAUCUAGAGAGGCUGGAUUUUGUCUUCAUGGACCACUGGAAGAAAUGUUACCUCCCUGAUCUGCAGACACUGGAGGGCUCUGGUCUGCUGGGGAAAGGAUCUAUGAUUUUGGCUGACAACGUGCUGUUUCCUGGAGCUCCAAAGUUCCUCAGACACCUUCGCAGGAGCGGCCUGUAUCAGUGGAAGAUCCACCGGGCAACGCUGGAGUAUAGCAAGGGCAUCAGGGAUGGGAUGGCUGAGCUGGUGUACCAGGGAGUCAAGUAGACCUCACAGACCAAUACAUGACACUCUCUUACUCAAAUAUGUAUCUUAGGAGUGGCAUGGUUUGAAGGGAUACCCCAUGUUGAAGCAAUUAUUUUGAAGGAUAAUUGUGAUAAAAACUGUAAAUUAUCCAAUGAAAACCAUAACAUCUCAAUCUCUAGUGUGCAUUAUAUGUCAAUUAAAGGAAAUUCAGGAACGUCUU